GUUUCUAGCUCAUACUCCAACUCAAUGCAUCGUCUCUGGUCUUAUCUUAAAACACAGUCGGUGCAAAAUUUGACACAUAUUUCCUAUUGAUAGUGACUACACCUACAAUGGCAAUCAAUGUUUUCCUUGCGUUGUGCUUGCUACCAGGAACGUGGGCUGCGUCAGGAGGUCCCGGUCACAACGUCACGCGUGCGCCGUCGCAUGGUGGCGCCACCACUAGUACACACGUCGCCCCUAGCGCCGGACCAAGAUGCCACCAGUGCACAGGGGUCACCGACCCGCACUACUGCUCCAUGGUAGUGCAGUGCAACCCGGAUGAGGAAUGCCACACGGAAAAAGUGAUUGGCGACAACUCGAUUGUAUAUUACAAUGCGGGAUGCCAAAAGACCCAGCUGUGCACACUUGCCGCACAUGGGCGGAGGAGCGCGUUGAGUGUGUGUGAGGGUUGCUGCUCCACCGACCUGUGUAACACCGAGCUUUGUCCGGCAAGCAACAGUACGAAACCGGGGGUUCAAUGUUACCAGUGCGACUCAGUGGACUCGCCGGAAGACUGCACAAACCGAGUCACGUGCGCGGACGGUGAGCAAUGCAUCGUUCAGAAGUAUGCCGCCGAUUCCGUAGAGAUCAAGUACAGCCUCGGAUGUGAAACUAAACAGCGGUGCGACCUUCUCAAUCAACUGGGAAAGAGAAGCACACAGCUGUGUAACGAAUGCUGUGACACGCCUGGGUGCAACAGACAUCUUUGUAUCCAAGCCAAUGCCACGAGCACGUGUCACGAUGACCCGGAACUAGACUGCAAACUGGCAGACGAUGCGCACAGCAUAUGCGCGGAGCACACGCUGGCUGCCACGAAAUAUUGUCGUAAAUAUUGUGGAUACUGCAAUGACGGUACCGGAACUACCAUGCCGCCUCCAACCGGAAGUACACAGGAUCCGUGCCGGGACAGCGGCGACGUCGACUGCAAACAGAUGAACGACACACUGCGCAUGUGCGAGCAAAAGUUGUCACCGCCGACACUGCUGUACUGUCCGAAAUUCUGCGGGCUUUGCACACCGAGCACGGGCCCGAGUUCCACGUGCGCGGAUUCUCAGGAGAUGGACUGCAAACUGGCCAAUGACAGCAUGCACAUCUGUCUACAUCAUUCGCCUAUCGCAGUCAAGCACUGUUCGAAGUUCUGCGGAUAUUGUACAACUGACGGCUCGCCGGUGACGACGCUACCGCCGCUGACGGGCAGUACCGAGGACCCCUGCCAGGACAACCCGGCCAUCAACUGCGUGACGAUGAACGCUACACUGGGGAUCUGUGCCCAAAACGACUCGCUGCCCACCCAGAUGUACUGUCCGAAAUACUGUGGCAUAUGCAAACCUGCGUGCGCAGAUAGCCCGGAUAUAGACUGUCGCAAGACGAACGACACACAGAACAUCUGCGCGCUGGGGACAAUUGCGGCCCGGAAGUUAUGCCCGAAGUUCUGUGGAUACUGCGGGGGCCCUGGUGUGACAACUGUUGUACCACCAACAGCCGCCACCUGCAUGGACAAUGGUUCAAUCAACUGCAAAAGCAUGGACGACGCGCUUCACAUCUGCGCGGACAAGACUAACCCAGCCACCAUCGCGACCUGUCCCAAAUACUGUGGCAUCUGCUGAAGAGCCACGAACAGACGAUUUUAUUAUGUGUCGCGUUCUGAGAAAAAUGGGCAUAAUGCUUCUUCGUGAAGUGUCGUCCCAGAUUAGCCUGUGCAGUCCGCACAGGCUAAUCAGGGACAACACUUUCCUCUUAUUGGGUAUUUUUGUUCAAAGGAAGUCUCUUCUACAUGAAAAUCCAAUUAAGGCGGAAAGUGUCGUCCCUAAUCUGGGAUGACACUUCACGCAUAUGCAUUAUGCCCAGUUUUCUCAGAACGCGACUCACAUGCUCUAUGCAAUAAUAAUGAAAUA